ACCUGCAGCAAUAAAAGACCAAAUUAUUUUACACAUGUCAAUUAAUAUGCUAUAUGAAGGCAAUAAUUAUUAAAAAUGAUUUGGUCGGAAGAAGCCUCCCCGGUUUUUGUUCUGUUUUUCUUUUAACUUAAUUUCACCACCAACCGACUUCGUCCAAUUUCGAGUCAUUAUUUUUUUAGCAUGAACCCGACAGUAUUAAUCAUAGCAGGAGCCCUCCUAAUCUUUGGUGGAAUAGGUGUGACAGAGGGUAACGAGGAUGCACUGGUCCCUGGCUCAAAAGAACUAACAACCGGAAAAGGCAUUGAUGUCACCCAGCAUAAAAACAUCCUCUUGCUUCCCGCAGAAGAGGAAUGCGGCUUUGCGGAUAAAGAGGAUAUUGCAACUUCAAUGCAACAAAGUGGCAGUAAAGUAUUUCUCACGAAACCGAAUACCCCUUCAAAGUAUCCGUGGAUGGUCCGAGUAGUCGUGGAAGAUAACAAGGGCGUAAGAUGGCCUGUUUGCUCUGGAACCCUAAUUAGUUCCCGAUAUGUAUUGACUAGUGCAACAUGCCUAAUCGGCCUCAACAGUGCAGUCAAAGUAUCGAAUAUCGUACUUGGAGGACAUAAUGCACAUUGCGACAAUGGAAAGUGCUUCCCGAUAUCCAAGGUUGUGGAAGUCAGCGACACUGUGAUUCAUCCUGACUAUGUUCUCCCAACAAGACAACAUGACAUUGGUCUUGUGAAGUUGGCAAAAAGCGUGACAGUCACUGAGAGUUACAUGAGACCAGUUUGUUUACCCAAAGCAGAGACAUUGUUCGCUGGUUUUAAAAACAACAAGACCGUUUCAGUUAGUUGGGGAAAAUUGGAAGAAGGUUCUUUGGCUUCUUCGUACAUGUUAUAUCCACGCAAUCUACGAGUAACGGAAAUGACGUUCGAACUGAGGGAAUAUUGUGAUCGAUUUUAUAAGAUAUCUCAUGCAAAAUUUGGACCUGGAAGGUUCUGUGCAACCAGCACUGCCAACAAAGGAAUUUGUUCUGAUGAGGAUGGUGGACCACUACUUAAACCAAUCAUGAUACCAGAGAGUGACCAAUCAAGAAUUUAUCAAAUUGGAAUCGUUUCUUUCCAGAACAAAUUAUGCGGCCAGCCUGGAAUCCCUGCAGGUUUCACAAAUGUAAUUAAUUACAUGUCAUGGAUUUUGGACAAUAUGUCACUAGACUAAACAAAUAAUAUACUAAUGCUAUUAGUAUUUAAUCAAAAUUACA